CGAAACAAUCUGGAUUCAAAGAGUGACAUUUCUGGCUGUCGCCGAAAUCUGUCAACCCUUUUGGACUCAGUGAACUUUCCUGUUUGGAAACUAGGAAAAACUCAAAUUGCAGCCCAUUUUCAUCUGCUAGGAAACUCUAACUUUCACCUGACCUCACAAUGGCCGCAAUGAGAUCAGUAUCCCGUCUCCUAUCCAGCAGGGCUCUGAGCACCACAGUCAAAAGGGGCUAUGCUGAGGAAAUGAGCUUUACAUUCGCCUCAGGAAACCAGAUAUUCUACGAAGCUAAAAGUGUGCGGCAAGUGGAUGUUCCUUCGUUCUCGGGCAGUUUUGGUAUCCUGCCCAAACAUGUUCCCACUUUGGCAGUGCUGAAGCCCGGAGUUGUUUCUGUAUAUGAAAACGAGGGCAAUGUGAAGAAGAUCUUUGUCUCCAGUGGAACAGUCACCAUCAACGAGGACUCUUCAGUACAGAUUUUGGCAGAAGAGGCGCAUCCAGUAGAAAACAUUGAUGCUUCCGCUGCCAGGGAAUUGCUGACCAAGUCUCAAAGUCAGCUCUCAUCAGCUGCCAAUGAUCAAGCCAAGGCUGAAGCUGAGAUUGCCGUUGAGGUGUCCGAAGCCUUAGUGAAGGCCGCUGAGUAGAUUUGUGUAAAUAUGGUUGAUUUUUUGUUAUUAAAUAAGAACAAACGUACGAAAGAGCAGAUGAACUAGGGGCUGUCAAGCCAUAGAUCCGAGGAAAUUUGUAUCUUUUAAGAAAUACAUUGCAAUAAUGUCCAAGA